AUGGCUAAAUAUGCUGAGGGCUAUCCCAACAGUCGUUAUUACCAAGGCUGUAAAUAUGUUGAUAAAAUAGAAAGUUUAGCAAUUGAGUUAGCAAAAAAACUUUUUGGUGCUGAGCAUGCUAAUGUGCAACCUCAUUCGGGGGCUCAGGCUAAUCAGGCAGUUUAUUUGGCUCUUUUAAGACCAGGUGACACCAUAUUGAGUCUAGAUUUAUUGGCUGGAGGGCAUUUGACUCACGGGGCCAAAGUUAAUUUUUCAGGAACAAUUUAUAAAAUUUAUUGUUACAAUCUAGACCCCGACACACAAAAGUUAGACUAUGAAAAAAUUAGAAAGAAAGCACGUGAAGUAAGGCCUAAACUAAUUAUUGCUGGCUAUAGUAGUUAUAGUUUAAAAAUAGACUUUGCUAAGUUCCGGGAAAUUGCUGAUGAAGUAGGUGCUUUUCUCUUGGCUGACAUUGCCCAUGUUGCUGGCUUGGUGGCAACCGAUUUGUUUCCUAAUCCGGUUCCCCACGCUGAUGUCAUUACUUUUACUACUCAGAAAACAUUGCGUGGUCCUCGGGGAGGAGUAAUUUUAUCCAAAAAAGAAUUAGGGGAGAAAAUAGAUAGAGCAGUUUUUCCAGGAAAUCAGGGAGGACCCAAUAUUGCUACCAUUGCUGCUAAAUCUCAAUGCUUUUCGAAGGCCAGCCAACCAGAAUUUAAAAAAUAUCAAAAAAAAGUGUUAGAAAAUGCCAAAACGAUGGCUGAUUAUUUUUUGGAAAAAGAAAUAAAAGUAAUCAGCGGAGGUACAGAAACACAUUUACUAGUUAUUGAUACUAAAACAGGUUAUAAUUUAACUGGUAAAGAAGCAGCUCAAAUAUUAGAAAAGACUAAAAUUAAUGCUUCUGACUGUAAUUUUUUCCGCAAAGAAACUAAUUUUCCCGGAGCGUUUACUUUAGCUAUUUUGGCUGAGCCAGAAGUACUAGUUUUAACUGGUAAAGAAAAAUCAAUAAAAUUCCUCCAAAAAAAUGACCCUCUUUUAAACGGUGAGGAACUAAAAAAUGAUAAUCCUUCUCCAAUGCCGACGGACCCUCCUAAGCCAGUUCUGCCAUAUUCUCCUCCUACUCCUACCCUUCCGCCAGACCCAAUUAUUCCUCCGAAAGAAAACUUGAAACCCGAAAGCGACAAUAGCAAUAAAGGGGAGACCAACUUUAAAAAGUUAAACGAAAAGGUGGUUUGA